UUGAUCGCUUCCUCUUGUGAUCAACCACUCAACAGAGUUCUGGGCUUACUUUGUAUUCUGGAUUCUGUGAUUAGGGUUUCCGAAAACUGAUUCAGAGGAUAUAGCAGGAUUUAUUUCCGCCGAAAUAAACCUUCUAUAACCCCCAAAUCAAGUUCUCUUCAAUGGAUUCAUAUAAUCUUCAAGACGAUUCGCUUCUGUAUCCAGAUGUUGAGGAGGUUCUUGAACGCUCCAUAGGGGAAUGGCUUGGUAAACAAGAUGUCCAAAACAUCUUCACCUUGCACGAAAACCCUACUAUCUCUCUCAACCCACUGAACGAGAUGAUAGCAGGCUUAUACAUGUGUUACAACUGGGAUAAUUUUGACACCCAUGUGUGGGAACCUUUUCCUGAUGGACGCAUAGUACAUACUAAAGAGACUGAGGAAGAGGAACCUAUGCGUUAUACCAUUGUACAUAUGGUUUUAAAUCCAAUUGCUGAGGGACUUAGAAGUACCUAUGAGAGAAGAGUGUACACACCUCAAUAUGAAUUUACAGAGUUUAGGUUGGCCCAUUACCGAUUUCGGACCAUUGCAGAUGACGGGAAUCCAGAAGUUGAGAGCGGGGUCGACACAGAAGAUUCAGAAGACCCGAACGAUGACUCCAGUGAUGAAAGUGGAGAUGAUGAUGGUGGGAACGUCGGAGGAAACUUAGAGGAAGAAGAUAAUGGGGAGGAUGAUGGUGAUGCAGAUGCUUAUGUUGGAGAAGAUGCUGAUGAUCCAACCGAUUCUGACAACGAGGAUGCUCCUCCUUCGCCUCUCUGUAAUGGUCAUCUAGUUUUGAAAGUAAUGAAUGGAAAUAUUCCAGUUGCAGAAGCUGAAAAGCAUACUUCUCAGAUUCCCGGAAGUUUAGGAGCUCAAGUUCCAAAGACUGAGAGAAUUGUGGAGCUCAUAAUUACACCUGAUUUCCAGUGGGACAAGAAAAUUCAUAAAUAUGUUGAGCGGUUGUGGAUAAAUGCUGAAGACAAGGAUGUGGUUUCCGACAGGUGGCUUGGCUCGCAGAUUACACUACAUGUACCUUUCAGGCAUCUUAUUCUUUCAAAAAAUUAUAUGCCUCAGACGGAGCUACUAGACUUGCAGCCCUUCUCGGUGAAAACACUAAGGAAUCCAAAUUACGACCUUCAGGAUUUUAAGCAUUUCAAUCCAGUGCGGACUCAGGUCUUUACUGGAAUGUAUAACACGAAUGAGAAUGUGUUGGUUGUUGCACAAACGAGAAUUAGGAAGACUAUGUUUGCGGAGUUUGCUAUUUUGAGGGAUUAUCAAGAAGGACCUGAUGCUAUGAUGAGAGCUGUCUAUAUUGCACCGCUUGACGCUAUUGCCAAGGAGCAGUUUCAUAACUGGGAGAGGAAGUUCAUGAAGGGUCUUUGUUUACGGGUUGUUGAGGUAACUGGAAAGACAGCAUUGGAUCUUAAGCUGUUUGAGAAAGGUCAGAUAAUCGUAAGUACUCCUGAGAAGUGGGAUACUCAUUUCGGCAGGUGGAAACAGAGAAACUACGCUCAGCUGGUUAGUCUUUUCAUCGAUGACAAACUCCAUCUAAUUGGAGGCCAAGGUAGUCCAGUGUUGAAGGUUACCAUCUCCAGAAUGAGAUAUAUUUCAAAUCAAGACGAUAACAAGAGUAGGAUUGUUGCUUUAUCAACUUUCCUUGCAAAUGCGAAAGAUCUUGGGAAGUGGAUUGGGGCCACUCAGGAUCAGGAGAUUGUGACGCAGCUCUUUGAAGCUGGAAGGAUUCAGGUUUGUGUGACGAGUAGUUCAUUGUGUUGGGACACUCCAUUAACUGUGCAUUUGGUGGUCGUAAUGUGGACACAGUACUAUGAUGAAAGAGAAAAUUCAUAUUCAGAUGCUCCUGUCUGUGAUCUGCUUCAGAUGAUGGGCCGUGCUAACAGAUCUCUUAGUGAAAAUGCUGUCAAGUGUAUGUUUUUUUGUCACACACAGCGUAAAAAGUAUUACCAGAAGUUUCUGUACGAAGCCUUCCCUAUCGGAAGUUAUCUCCAGCAUUUCUUGCAUGAAAAGUUCAACGCAGAAGUAGCUGCUGGGGUUAUAGACAACAAGCAAAAUACUGUGGCUUAUCUUACAUGGAAUUUCAUGUACAAGAGGCUUCCCCAGAACCCUAACCACUACAGGCUGCAAGGUGUUAGCCACAGGCAUUUGUCUGAUCACCUAAAAGCACCUGCGGUGUUGACGAUCUUUUAUGCCGGUUCAGUUUGUGUUUACGAUGAAACAUCUCCUGAAAAGUCUAAGGCGAUUAUGUUGCUAGCUGGGAAUGGUUCGUCAAUGCACCAAGCCUUUUUAUUCCCUCAAACUCAUCAACAUGCUGUCCAUCAUACACGUGCCUCUGUUGAUUCUUUAGCUAUACCUCCUAGCUUCCUGCCUGCAAUGUCUUAUCUUAGUCCUGAAGCUGGAAGUAGCACAAAUGGACUUGGAGAAACGAAAAGAAAGGUCAUGAGCGUAUCUCCAUAUUGCUUAGAAAAGAAGUCAUUGACAGAUUGUCGCAGAUCAAUGUCUGAAUGCAUUUGCUCUUCUAGCUCUGCAACCUAAUACUUUCAUCUGCAGUUAGAUGAAGAAGGCUGGUGUUUUCAGGGGAAAAAAAAAAGGUUAGAUGAAGGCUGCUUUAGAAAGUUUUUUUCCCUCUGGCUACACGGAGUUUCUUUUUCUUUACCAGGGAUAGUGUAUUCUUUGUUUACCAGAUUUUUGUCCUAAUGGCACUUAUGAGCAAAACAGAUUGUACUUUCGAAAAUUAGUGGAAACUGUUUGUUUGUUUCUUUACUCUUUUCUUGUAUAUACUUAUCACUCAAGCUCGCAUUUGUAUAACAUACAAUGGAACUGGUUCGCUUCUGUUUCCCAUUA